UGUCGUUGGUUUGAGUGAUCGAGAAGAGCAGACGUUCUCUAUGCCUGUGUGAUUUCUCCGGUUACCAAUAGAGAAGAGAAGGUUGGGGCCGUAGUCAGAGCCGCCUGCAGCCGCCGCCCUCGCCCACAGGAGACAUGUUCCGGAGGAUCCUGCAGCUGACUCCUGGGAGAGUUGGAGCUCAGAAUUCUGAAUCUGAAUCUUCUGCAACUCCUGGAAACGCUCUUAACAAUGAGAGUACUUCAGAGGGCUUUAUUUGUCCGCUCUGUAUGAAAUCCCAUGGAACAGCAGAAGAACUUUUUAAACAUUAUGAAGCUUCUCACGAGCCCUGUAGUGACCCUGGUCAUGGAGGAGACGUCAAUUCUUCUACAGAAAGAGAGGAGUUAUUGCUACUUCGGCAGGAGGUUCAGGACUUACAAGCAUCACUUAAGGAAGAGAAAUGGUAUGCAGAAGAACUGAAGAAAGAGUUGGAAAAUGUUCAAGAGCAACUGAAGCAAAACUCAAUACCUGAUGGAGUUACCACAGUAUCAUCGACAGAACUUCAGUCCCUGGAACAGCAGCUGGAAGAAGCUAGGACGGAGAUCUUUAAUAUUAAGCAGAUGAAGGACUUGUUUGAACAGAAAGCAGCACAGAUGGCUACUGAAGUGGUUGAGUUAAAAGCUUCAUGUGAUGAAGGUAAAGGCCACCUGGCUGCAUCUGAGGAGAAAGUGAAGAGUUUAAACCAGGAACUACAGAUAAGGUCUCGUGUAAUAGAAGAUCUGAAGACUGAGCUGUUACAACGACCUGGAAUUGAAGAUGUGGCUGUGUUAAAAAAAGAGCUCAUCCAAGUUCAGACUCUGAUGGACAAAACCACUCUGGAACGUGAAAAAGAAUCGGAGAAGUUGAAAGAUGAGUGCAGGCAACUGCAAAUGCAAAAUGCUAAUUCUGAGUCCACAAUUAACCAGUUGAAAGCUGAACUUGAAAAGGGACCCCAGGAAGUUGCAGUUUAUGUCCAAGAACUACAACAACUCAAAAGUUCCUUGACCGAACUGUCACAGAAGAAUGAGACCAUGGUAGAGAAACUCCUAAAGAAGGAGCUGGAGUACACUCAGUUGGAAGAGAAACACAGUGAAGAGGUUAUGUCCAGGAAGAACCUGCAGGUUAAUCUCAACCAUAAAGAUGUGGAGUGUCAGCAGCUCCAGGCACGGUUGUCUGCCAGUGAAGCUUUGCUGCAGACCCUGAAAACAGAGAUGGCUGAGAAAGGACAAGCUAACCAGAAACUGAAAGAGGAGCUGACUGAGGUGGAGGUUAAGCACCAGAACCUUAAGGCUGAGUUCAAGCAGCUUCAACAACAGCGGGAGGAAAAGGAGCAACAUGGUUUACAGCAGCAGAGUGAGAUUAACCAGCUUCACAGCAAAUUACUGGAGACGGAGCGCCAGCUAGGGGAAGCACAUGGAAGGCUUAAAGAGCAGAGACAGCUGUCUGCUGAGAAACUGAUGGACAAGGAACAGCAGGUGGCGGAUUUGCAGCUUAAGCUUUCACGUGCUGAGGAGCAGCUUAAAGAAAAUGUCUCCACUUCAGCCGAUCUGCAGCAUCAGUUGGAGAAAAUUCGACAGCAACACCAAGAACAGCAAACCCUUCAGCAAACCACUACAUCCAAACUGAGAGAAGCCCAGAGUGAUCUUGAGCAAGUGUUGAGGCAGAUUGGUGACAAAGAUCAAAAAAUUCAAAACCUCGAGGCCUUGCUGGAAAAGAGCAAAAAAAAUAUUUCCUUACUUGAGAAAGAGCGAGAAGAUCUAUGUGCCAAAAUUCAAGCUGGUGAAGGAGAAACUGCCGUCCUCAACCAGCUACAAGAGAAGAACCACACUCUGCAGGAACAGGUAACACAACUAACAGAAAAAUUAAAGAAUCAGUCAGAAAGCCACAAACAAGCACAGGAAGAUCUCCAUGAGCAAGUGCAGGAGCAGAAAUCCCAGGUCCGAGCAGCUCAAGACCGUGUCCUGUCUCUGGAGACCACCAAUGGAGAACUAAAUGGUCAACUGAAUGAGAGCAAAGAAAAAAUAGUGCAGCUGGAUCUACAGGUCAAAGCAAAGACUGAGCUUUUAUUAUCGGCUGAAGCAGCAAAGACUGCACAGAGGGUUGACUUGCAAAAUCACUUGGAUACAGCUCAAAAUGCAUUGCAAGACAAGCAACAGGAAUUAAAUAAAGUGAAUGUUCAGCUUGAGCAAGUGACAGCAAAAUUACAAGAAAAGCGGGAUCAUUGUACUCAGCUGGAGCAAACUCUCAAAGAGUACAAGGAGAAGCAAUUGAACCUAGAGCAGAAAGCAGAAGGCCUUGAGGGGCAGGUGAAGAAACUGGAAGUAGAUUUAGCAAGUGUGAAAGCGAGUCGUGAGCAAUGUGUGCAAGAUCUUCAGCAGCAGAAGCAGCAGAGCUCACAACUAGAGCUAAAAGUGUCAGAACUAGUCAAACUGCUGGAGGAUGAGAAGGCGUUAGUGGUUAAUGUGAAGCAGGAGGCACAGAAAAAGUCUGAUGCUCUGAUCCAGUCAAAGGAGCUGAUCUCAAAACAGGAGACAGAGUUGACCAAUCUUAAGGGUGCAGUAGAAAAGUUGAAGAAAGACCUGGAAAAACAAGAAGCACACAAACUAGAAGUUGCUAGUAACGUGGAGAAACUGAAGCUGGAGAAAGACACUUUGCAGAAAGGACUCACAGAUGCCAAAGACAAGUUAACAAAAAACACAGAGUUACUAGAAAAGUCAAAAGAACUUUUGGAGAAGGAACGACAGACUGGAAAGGAGCUGGUCCAGGUCAUGGAAAAAUCGCGUGAGGCAUUGAAAGUUAAGCUGCAGACCCAGACAGACUCAGCGGCUAAAGAGAUUCAGGAGCUUAAGACUCAUCUGUCAUCAAAAGAGGAGGAAUACACCAAGUUUAAGAAUGAGAUACAAGCACUUAAUGAAAAGCUUCAGAGUUCUGUAAAAGAAAAAGAAAAACUUCAACAAGAACUUCAAUCACAGCUGAAAAAGUUCCAAACCUCUUCUGAAGAAGAGAAGAAAAAACUCCAAAAAAAUAUGCAAGAUCUCAGUGCACAGUUAAAGGAUAAGGUACAGCAAGAGGAAAAACUCCAGCAGCAGCUGACAUCUUUGACUGGGGAACUGGCAUCGGAAAAAGGAAAACUGUCUAAUUUGCAAAAAUCCAAUGAAGGUCUCCAGGAAAAACUGGAGAACCUCCAGUCAGAUAUGUACGGAAAAGAAUCCGAAGUUUCUUCCCUUCGACAAGAUCUUAAAGCUUUAGAAGAGAAGCUUAUCUUGGCCCAAGAGGAACUGAAGUCUAACAGGAAUGAGAUAAGUAACCAUGUGAAACAGAUCAAGGAACUAACUACAGUGAAGACCACCAUGGAGCAGGAAAUAUCAACAAAGACAAACCAGCUCAAGGAGCACGGGCAAAAUCUUCAGGAACUGCAAAAACAGAAGACCCUCCUAGAUAAAGAAUUGAGCGAUGAAAAAGUGAAAGUGAAUAAUCUGACUGCCCUUAAGGGUAAGUUAGAAGAAGAACUCACAAAGAAGAAAGAAGAACUUAAGACUGUAAGAGAAGAAUAUCAAAAGAAAACAAGCAGCCUAGAAGAAGCCAAACAACUGCUGAUUCAGCAGAAGCUGGAGCUGCAGGGUAAGAUGGAGAGUUCGGUGGCAGCCCUUAAGCAGGAAAAGGACCAGCAGCAGUCUAUUAAGGACAUGCUGAAAAAAAAGGAAGAAGAAUGGAAGAAACAGCAUACAGACCUGAAAGAAAAACUGACAGCAGAAGUAAAGGAAAGAGAGGAACAAAAGAAAAAACAUGAAGAGAAUGAGUCUAAGCUGACCAUGCAAAUCACAGCUUUAAAUGAAAACCUGGCAACCCUGAAGAAGGAAUGGCAGAGCAGUCAGCGGAGGGUCGGGGAGCUGGAAAAACAGACAGAUGAUUUGCGAGGAGAAAUUGCAGUGCUGGAAGCAACAGUCCAGAAUAACCAGGAAGACAGGCGGGCCUUGCUGGAAAGGUAUCUCAAGAGUGAAGGAGAAAUUGAAAAGCUACAAGCCAAAGUAGUUGAGCUACGGAAAAAAGUAGAUGAAACCACUUAUGCCAUGAAGGAGCUUGGCAGGGAAAACCAGUCACUACAGAUAAAACACAGUCAAGCACUUAAUAGAAAGUGGACUGAAGACCAUGAAGUACAAAACUGCAUGGAGUGUGGGAAGGGAUUUUCAGUAACAAUACGAAGGCACCACUGUAGACAUUGUGGAAAUAUCUUCUGUGCAGAAUGUUCCUCAAAGAAUGCCUUAACUCCCUCCUCCAAAAAACCAGUCCGUGUUUGUAAUACAUGUUUUAGUGAUUUGCAAGGAUAGGAACUGAUCUGUAGACAAGUCUCUGUAAAUGACAUCUAGUAUUUUUGUUACUGCACUUCAUGAAGCACUCAAAGUACUUAUUUCUUUGGAUGAAGAUUGUAAAAUUUGAAAACACAAAAAUUACCUUUUUCGGUUGUUUUAUUGCUACAAAGUAAAAUUAUUGUAUUUUUCAUGAGACACAAGCUUAUGAGCCUCCCGCCCCUCACAUCUUUUUUGUUUUUUAUUUGUCUGCCGCCAUUUUGUGCUGUCAGCCUGUAAAUAGUAGCCUAACAGAUAUGUAACAAUGUAUUUUUUAUACAUAAUUUGACAGUAAACCAAGAAAACACUUAAGUCUGAAAUUUAGUUGCGCUGCCUGGGAGUAAGACUGUAUCUCUGUGGAAGGAUCUAUUUACCGUACAUUUUUUUCAGUACUGGUUGGCCUUACUAGGUGUUUCUGGCUCUGCAUGCUCACGCACUGUAAACCGAUGAGUGCUUAUGACACUUAGUAUUUCUCCAUCCUCCUGUCAUUGCACAUCUAGAUAUGUAGACUGGACCGGUCACGUAAUGCAGGCUCUCCGGGGACUAGUUUACAGUUACUUGCUGCGUACACCUUGUGUCUCUGCUGAUGAAUAACAGAAACUGAAUGCUUAGUGUUUCUGACUUUGUACUUUGUCCUAAGGCGUGACUACAUAGAGUGGUCCCUCAAGUUACAAUAUUAAUCGGUUCCAGGACGACCAUUGUAUGUUGAAACCAUUGUAUGUUGAGACCAGAACUCUAUGGAAACCUGGUAAUUGGUUCUGGAGCCACCAAAAUGUCAUCCAAAAAUAGGAAAAAGUGAGGAUUAAUGAAAAAUAAGCAGAUAACUAAUAUAGUUAAAGCAAAACCUUAUAUAUAAAAGUAAUAAAGAUCUGCUGGGAGCUGUAAAUCACUGUCUAUUUCAGUGUUUCCCAACCAGAGUGCCUC